GUGCCGUUCAAGAUCGACUUCCUGACAAAGGAAGUGGUAUUAAGUGAGAUUAAAGUUCAGGUGCAUGGACCGACAGGGCCUGUCAGGGUCGACUUCGACCUCAGCCCGAGAGGAGGCAAGGGAGUUUUCGUGCCCGACGAAGUGGGCAUCUAUGAGCUGACGGUGCUCAAUGAGGACGAAGUGGUCGAGGGCUGUCCGGUGAAAGUGAGAGCUCUCCCUGACGUCUCCAAGAUCAUGUUCUCGGGCAUCGAUCCUUGCGCGCUCGGCUCCAUCGUCGAAGUCGUGAUUAACAGUAAUGGUGUAGGCGGAGGUGAUAUCGACGUGACAGCGUACUCGCCGACCGGCCGUGGACUUGUCUGUCCUGUGAAGGUGGAAGACGGCGUGUACGCGGCCACCUUCCAGCCGGACGAGGCGGGCGAGUGGUCCAUCGCCGUGACGUAUGACGAGGAGCACAUCCAGGGAUCUCCAUUCACCUGUCACGUGUAUGAUCCACAUUCUCUGAAGUUGAUUUCCCAGUGCGAUUUUUUCGGCGCACUCCCUGCUCAUGUGAACGGCCGCGCAGUACCGACAGCACGGCUCCUCGCGGAGACAAGCGCGUGCCCCGUGCCCCCAUCUGGAACAAAUAUCUUCAUUGUAUUCCACGAUCUCACUGGUGUCAAUUUCCCUCGGGACAUCGAACACAAAGAGGUUAGUACAGUGCCCUCUGCCAUAAGCUCUGCUCAUUUCGAGGAUUUCUCCUGCCGUUCCGGUCGUGGUUAUACGGUAUUCGUGUCACUUGCUGAGAUGUCCAUCUCCGCCAACAGAGAAAACCCGGCUUGGGUAGCCAUUGUAUACACAGGUGUUCUGAGAUAUUUCAUGAACUCGUUCGCUUGA